UGCGAGUCAGUGCGGGUGUAUGAACAGGAAAUCCAGCCAUUCGCUCCUAUGUCGACACGGUCAGCGAAAGCUUGUGUCGUACAUUCCAGACACACUAGAAUACCUGCUUGAAUAUGACGCGAGUAUCGAUACAUGAAUCAUUGCAAAAAAUUCGAGACGUUCGUCUAACAAGACAGUUAGGGAGUAUGAGGUUGAAAUUAACAACCGUGGUGCUGCUGCUGUUGUUGAGUUGUGUUACAUUUAUAAGCGCAGACAGUCAUGCCAGUACAAACAGCAAGAUGGCUCGGCAGAGAGCCCGUGAGCGUGAUCUCAUGCUGCACAUCACCACAGACAAGGAAGUGCCACACCUAUUACUGGCUAGUACUAUAGACGGGUCACUGCAUGCAUUAAACCUAGAGACAGGGGUGGAGAUGUGGAGUUUUGAACCAAAUGAACCUUUAGUAGCAACCACUGUGAAGGUUUCAGGGCCAGUGUUUGUACCAGAUGUUGCCGACGGUACACUGUAUUAUUACAAUAACGUGACCCUGCAGAAAAUGCCAGCGACUAUACAGG